AUGGUCUGUGGCCUGGAGGCACAGCAGGGCCCCACAGUGGCCCCAGCAAAGGCAAUCGAGGUGGAGGAGCAGAUGUCUGGGGAGUCACAGAGGAUAGCCGAAGGCCACCCACACAGUCACUCUGUUUCUGCCCUCCAAGACAACAAGGUCCAAGACAACAAGGUCACACUGAUUUUUGCAUUUGCCAACCAAAAUAGAUGUGAGAGAAACAUCCCCCAGAAAAAGCGUGUGUCCUUUGGCACAGCUCAUCCAGAGGGGGACGCCCUUGCCAGUGUGGGCACUGGGGCUGCUCUGUCCAGCUCCCCUGCCCACAUCACUCGCACACGGAGCCUGGAGUCCCCAGCUGAGCACACAAGCGGAUGCAGGCACCAGAGUCACUCCUUCCUGAAUGGCAUUGGUGGGGGCCCCUCCUUGGUGCAGAGCUCGCUCAGGUCCAUAUCCCGCAGCCUCUCUCAGGGUUGCCAGAUGUGGGCCCCAUCCUGGCCCUUGAGAGGGCCCACUGGGCCGUUGGUGGAUAUGACCUUGGAUGCCAACACAGCCAACAACUUCCUCCUCAUUUCUGACGACCUCAGGAGCGUCCGAAGUGGGCGCAUCAGACAGAAUCGGCAAGACCUUGCCCAGAGAUUUGACUUGUCCAUUUGUGUCCUGGGCUCCCCUUGCUUUACCUGUGGCCGCCACUACUGGGAGGUGGAUGUGGGAACAAGUACAGAAUGGGACCUGGGAGUCUGCAGCGAAUCUGUUCACCGCAAAAGGAGGAUCCAGCUGACCACAGAGCGUGGAUUCUGGACUGUGAGUUUGAGGACUGGAGGCCGCCUCUCUGCCAGCACGGUGCCGCCGACUUUCCUCUUCGUAGACUGCAAGUUACAGUGAGUGGGGAUUUUUCUGGAUAUGGGCAUGCAGAACGUUUCCUUUUUUGAUGCGAAAGGUGGUUCCCAUGUCUAUACAUUCAGGAGAGUCUCUGCUGAGGAGCUACUGCACCCGUUUUUGACUCCUUCAAUUCCACCUAAUGGUGAUCAGGGUGUCUUGAGUAGCUGUCCUGUGAUGAACUCAGGCACUAUUGAUGCUCCGGUCCAUCCUGGGGAGGCCAGAUAG